GGCCCCCGCAGGCUGCAGCAUAGCUCAUUUGCUCAAGUCUGAAGGAACUCAAUCGCAAUCAAAGGGAAACAAAAUGGACGGAGUGUAGUGACUACGUUUAAAUGAUCUAAGUAUUGUCCGAUUUUUGAAAAUCAUUCGCUUGAAAUCUCAACAGUUAUUAAAAAUACAAUAUUACCAUUAUUAUUACUUGAUUAGCUAGUAAAAUAUUGUAUAUUUUUUGUCUUUUAAUAGCAUUCAGUUCUUUGAAAUAUGGUAUCCAUUUUGUGAUCAAUCGUAUUGUGUGGCGCCUAACAAAUAAUAAUAUGGGUCAUCUAAAUUAUUCUUGGAACAUACAUUAUAAACUUAUUAUGAUUCACUCUUAAUUGAGUGAUGGACUCAUACAAUUUAUUUGGUGAUGAUGGAAGCGGUAUGUUGGAAGGACUUACUGACCUCGGUGGAGGAGACACCUUCGCUGGUAACUCCACAACUGGAGUAACAGGCGAUGCGAAAGAUUCAACAGAAAAUAGUUAUAGGCAACCAUAUAAUCCAAAUAGUGUGGGCCAGGAAGGAUCAAUUCAAAAACUGGCAACGUUUGGGAGUGGUGGUGCAAGUGGAAUAGCUGGAAGCUCACAGUCUGUGCCGAAUCCUGGUCCUGGUCCCCCGGGACCCGAGUACCACGACUACGGCAGCUAUCCGCCACGCCCGCGCCUGCCUCAGCCCUCUCACGCUCCCCUCCACCCAUCGCAUCAUGUGCACCCCUCGCAUUCAUAUGCGGGCUAUCAUCCUGGACCAGAGCCAAUGUAUACAUUACCAGAACAAGGCAUUGGAGACAUGGGUGUAUGGUCGGGUCCGCCAGGAGCCAAUAGAUACUCACCCAUUACACCGGGAUACAGACAUUCAUAUGAACAUCAACAAAAGAUACACCAAUAUGCACCUCAGCAGUCUGCUGGUAUUGGUGGAUUGCAGUCACAAAAUGGCACCUAUAUGCCUCGACAACCUCACUUUCCUCAACCAACAUCUCAGCAAAUAUAUGGACAACAGCAGAACUAUCCCAAUUACACACAAAUGCAUCCUCCAGCAGCUACUAGAAUUUCUCAACAUCCUACUUAUCAUCAACAAAUGGACGUAAAUGCUCACCAAUAUGGUUUAACACAUAAUCAGCAGAGUCAUGGAGCAAUACAACAACAUCAACCUCACCAAAGUAUGCCAAGUCACACAGGCGGCAUUGGACCUGGAAUUCAAAGUCAUCCUAACCCACAUCUUCAUCAUGGAGGAGCUCCUCCUUUACACCAUGUUCCUCGACAGCCACAGGUGCCUCCUUCUUCAGUCGGACCAUCACAUGCUGCCCCUUCUCAAAUGCCUUAUGGAUCUCCACAUCAUUCUGUUCCCAUGUCUUAUCAGCCUCAUCAGGUACAACAUCCUUUGGAUGUUAAUGUUACGAAUCAAUAUGCUUCUCUGAAAUCCGGUGGAAUUGAAACUGGCAGCCCUCAGUAUCGGCCGCCAUUUCCUCAGCUUUCGCCACAAAUGUCCCCAAGAGCGCAGGUUUCGCCCAGACAACAACCACAGUCCCAACCACAGCUCUCGCCGCGACCUAUUAUGUCUCCUGUUAAAGGACCCAGUGCUUCACCUCUCAACUCACGCAAUGUUGUACAGUCAUCUGCUGCAUCAGGGCCUCCUCCUGUCUCUGGUUCAUUUUCAUCUCAAAAUACUCUUCAAGCUUUAGAACAAAUGGUUUUGCCAGCUAGUGGAGAAUAUCCAUUUCAGCGUAAUCCCGCAUCACCAGCACUGAGUCGUAAUAUUGUAUCUUCUCCGACACAGUGGAAUCAAAAUAAAAUUCCAACUUCAAUAAGUAAUCUACAGUUAGAAAACACAGAACAAGUAACGAAAUCGUUGGAUGUAUCACCAAUGCCAAUACUGAAACAGGAUCAAGUAAAAACAAGUCCUAUUGCUGUUACAAACGCUGAAAGUAAAAUCGUAGAUAAAAAUCAAUGUGAUAUUGAAAGGUCUUCAGAAGGUAAUAAUAGUCCAACAAGAUUUUUGACAAACACACCUAAAGAAGGUAUUUUGAUGAGUUCUAAUAUCUCUACAAUGACAACAACUCCAUCAAACUGCGUAACUGUUUCUGCUGCAAAUAUGGAUCAAAAAGAAAAUGUAGCCAGUGUACUACAUUCUAAUGAUAUAUAUGAGAAUUUAGAAAAGUCUAAAGAAGAAAACAAAGUCGAUAUUGUACUGAAUAUUGAAGAUACUAAACAAAGUGAAAAUAUAAACCAAAAUACCGAAUCUCGGAGUCAAAACCCUCACUUAUCUUGUUCAGUAGAUGUUGAUACUACUAGCGAACAUGCUACGAAUAGUACAGUACAACAAACAACAACAAAAAGCUCUAUAAGCCAUACACCAAGUGUUAAUACAGGAGCGAACAAAUAUGAUAAUAAUUCAACAUUAAAUGUUUCAAGAAAUCAAGGUUAUCAAAGUGGUUCUUUCCAAAAUAUGUUAUCACAAGGAAUAGUACCUCCUACUACAGUGCCAAGUAUUCCACCUAGCAUGCAAAACAAUCAAAAUCUCAAUGUUUCUCCGGCAUUCCAAUCUGCUCCGCAAUUGGCUUCGACGACGUUACCGAACAUUCAAGGCAGUAUUCAGUCGCCACAUACGAUACCACAUACAAAUCUUACGAAUACUGUUUCAUCGAGCGUGCCUGGUCACAAUCCUCAAGGUAAUAUGACUUGCAUUCCUCCUGCUGUACCAAAUAUUGUAGGAAAUAUACAGCAAACUAUGCAUAAUAAUUCAAAUAAUAUGACUAGCAUACAAGGCAGUGUCCCUUCAACUAUACAGAGUAUGCAAGUUGGAAUGCCAAUGAAUGCCCAAAAUAUUCAUGGUGCCUUAGGUCCUAAUAUGCCAUCAAACCAACCUUCUGUAGUACCAAACGUUUCCCAUAAUAUUAACCAAAAUAUGAUUAUGAUGGGAUCGAAUAACAUACCUCAUUCAAAUAUAUAUACAACAAGCCAUCAUCAAGAAAUUACUUCACUGCAACAACAAAUACAAGAAAUAUACUGUCAACCGCCAUCAAAUGAAAAUCGAGAAAAGGUCCGAUGUUUUCAAGAAAGGCUAUCCAUGCUUCAGCAUCAUGAAACUAAUGAUAAAUGCAGUGGUGGACCAACCUGUAUACUGCAAAAUCCAAUUUAUGGAUCGAAAAUGGUUGAAAGUCCUCAGGUUACCAGUACCACUGGUCGUGGACGAGGAAAAGGCCCUGCAAAGCCUAGAAAACCGCGAGCUAAAAAAGAUAAGUUGACGACGAUAUCUCAACCGCUUGAUCUAUUACCUGUGUCAGAAGACUGUGUUACUGCAGGCACAGGACUACAUAGUCACUCUGAGAUAGACACCGAACCUACUGAUGAAAUUGCUAAUUUAGAUAGUAGUGCAUUAUCGAUCGAUGAUAUGAACACCGAGAAAGUAAGGUAUAAGAGAGGGCCUCGUAAAGGUAAAGAAAGAAAACCUCGAACACCUAAAGAACCCAAAGUAGGAAAAGAUUUAGGUGUAAAGCCUGUUAAAGAAAGAAAAAAACGUGAACCUAAAGAUCCCAACGCACCAAAGAGAAAAAGAAAUGUCAAAAAAGGUGUAUCGGAAGUGUGCGCUGACACCACGACUUGUAAUGAACUUUUAGAGACAGAUAAUAUAGACACUACCAUAAAAGAUCAUACUUUCAAUACAAGUAUGACAACCAUAGAUAUUACCAAAAUGAAUAAUUCUAACCAAGAAGUCUCAUUAGAUGACACAAAUGUUACAGAUUUUGAUGAUAUUCCAGUAUCUAAAAUAGCUAUUAAAGAAUUAUUAGAGGAGGCUGAAGCAAAGAAAGAUCUCACUGAUAAAGAUGAUGAUUUUGAUAGUUUCAGUCAUAAAAAGAGAUCCAAAAAAAGAACCAGUGGAGCAAGUAGUUGUAAAAAGUUAAUAACUAAAAGAACACCUAGUGGUAAACGGAAAAAAAGAGGAGGUAUACCUGAUUCCGAUGGAGAACCUGACGACUUAGCGUCGACGCCACCUCCAUCGCCACCAGCGGAGGGCGAUGACAGUUUAAAACGACGUUCAGCUAGAAAUACACAACGUAAAAAAUACACAGACGAUGCACUACUUCGCAUAUCUGAUGAUGAAUUUUCUAUGGCAGUCCCUAAACAGGAAAAAGAAUUUGAAGAAUUAAGCCAUGAAACCAAAGAUUCUCCUAAUAAACCUGAAGGUACACCGAAACCAAACUACAUAUAUGUUAAUACAACUGAAGAGGACUCUAUGAUUGUUCAGCAUGUGUUAGCAUGUCGGAUGGGAAAAAGGGAAAUGAAAAUUGACGUGAAUCUAAGUGAAAAGACACUGAACCCCGAUGAAGAUAGUAAGUUGGUAGAGCCAAAAGAAACUGAUGAAAACAUAGAAUUGCAGAAAGUAAACACAGAAACUUCGAAAUCUCAAAUCACUGAAGGCAAAGUAAUCAACGACGUGCCUAAAGACGAAGAAGGGCCAAAAAGAGAAAUCAGCAAAAAUGAUUUGGAAAAUGAGAAUAAAUGUUCAAAACCUGUAAUGGUAGACGUUGAAGAAUAUUAUGUUAAAUACAGAAAUUUCUCGUAUUUGCAUUGUGAAUGGAAAACUGAAGAAGAACUUUACAAGGGUGAUAAACGAAUAUACUCUAAAAUAAAACGGUUCAAACAAAAACAAGCACAGCAAUUGAACAUAUUUGAACUGCUGGAUGAUGAACCUUUUAAUCCAGAUUAUAUUGAAGUUGAAAGAAUUUUAGAUAUGUCUGAAAAUCAAGAUCCAGCUAACAAUACUGUAGUCAAACAUUAUUUAGUUAAGUGGAAAAGCUUACAAUAUGAAGACAGUACGUGGGAGCUCGAAGAAGAUAUUGACAUAGAUAAGAUACGACAGUAUAAGAUUUUUAGUGAAAAUCCGCCUAAAGAUAAGUGGAAAUUCAAGAAACGACCAUCUGCUGAUCAGUGGACCCAAUUAAAGGAGUCUCCUUUAUAUAAAGGCGGAAAUACAUUAAGGCCGUACCAGUUAGAAGGAUUAAAUUGGUUAUUAUUUUCUUGGCAUAAUAAUCGCAAUUGUAUUCUAGCUGAUGAAAUGGGAUUAGGAAAAACUAUUCAAAGUUUGACAUUCGUUAACUCUGUUUGGGAAUAUGGUAUAAGAGGACCGUUUCUUAUUAUUGCUCCAUUGUCAACUAUUCCUAAUUGGCAGCGAGAAUUUGAAGGUUGGACAGAAAUGAACGUGAUAGUCUACCAUGGAUCUCAACAAAGCAAAAGCAUGAUACAAGAAUAUGAAUUUUAUUAUAAAAAUGAAAAAGGAGAACCGAUUAAGGAAAUUACGAAGUUUAAUGUCUUAAUUACAACUUUCGAAAUAAUUGUGACAGAUUUUCAAGAAUUAAAAUCUUUUAAUUGGCGAUUAUGUGUAAUAGACGAAGCUCAUAGGCUGAAAAACCGAAAUUGUAAAUUACUGGAAGGGUUAAGGCAACUACAUUUAGAACAUCGAGUUCUUCUGUCUGGAACACCUUUACAAAAUAAUGUAAACGAAUUAUUUUCAUUGCUGAAUUUCUUAGAACCAUCUCAAUUUUCGAGCAACGAAGCCUUUUUGACUGAAUUCGGUCAACUUAAAACAGAAUCAGAAGUACUAAAAUUACAAGCCCUUCUUAAACCAAUGAUGUUAAGACGUUUAAAAGAAGACGUCGAAAAAACUCUAGCUCCAAAAGAAGAAACAAUCAUAGAGGUUGAAUUAACAAAUAUACAGAAAAAAUAUUACAGAGCAAUAUUAGAGAGAAACUUUAGCUUCCUACAAAAAGGUACAGCAUCAGCAGCAAACAUACCCAACCUAAUGAACACUAUGAUGGAGUUAAGGAAGUGUUGUAUCCAUCCGUACCUGCUAAACGGCGCGGAAGACCAAAUACAAUUCGAUUACAAACAAGCGAACGGAGAAGACAAGCAAGCUUACUAUAAAGCUCUCAUUCAAUCGUCUGGAAAAAUGGUUCUGGUAGACAAAUUAUUACCAAAGCUUAAAGCAGGAGGACAUCGGGUCCUAAUAUUUAGUCAAAUGGUGAGAUGCCUUGACAUAUUAGAAGAUUAUCUUGUAUUUAAAAAAUAUCCUUAUGAACGCAUUGAUGGACGAAUAAGAGGAAAUUUAAGGCAAGAAGCUAUUGAUAGAUUUUCUAAACCAGAUUCUGAUAGGUUUGUAUUUUUAUUAUGUACUAAAGCUGGUGGUCUUGGAAUAAAUUUAACUGCUGCUGAUACUGUUAUAAUAUAUGACAGCGAUUGGAAUCCACAAAACGAUUUACAAGCGCAAGCUCGAUGUCACCGUAUUGGACAGCAAAAAAUGGUAAAAAUAUACAGGUUAAUCUGUAGAAAUUCUUAUGAGAGAGAAAUGUUUGAUAAAGCAUCUUUAAAGCUUGGAUUAGAUAAAGCUAUCUUACAAAGUAUGAAUACUGCUCAGGGAAAAGAAACUGGCAUAAAACAACUCUCAAAAAAAGAAAUUGAAGAUCUUUUAAAAAAGGGGGCUUAUGGUGCUGUGAUGGACGAGGAUAAUGCUGGCGACAAGUUUUGCGAAGAAGACAUUGAAAUGAUUUUAGCUCGUCGUACGCAAGUCAUUCAAAUGGAGUCGGAAAAGGGAUCUACAUUUUCUAAAGCUAGUUUUGCUGCUACAGAUCAGAGAUCAGACAUUGACAUAAGAGAUCCUGAUUUUUGGAAUAAAUGGGCUAAAAAAGCAGAGAUUGAUACUACAGAAAAGAAAGAAGACGAGGAUUUAAUUGUGACUGAACCAAGAAAGAGAACGAUUAUCAAAAGAUAUGGUCACGAUGAUGGUCCAAUGGAAAUGUCUGACAUGGAAGUGACGCCAGAUUCUGAUGAAGAUGAAGAAGGUAUCAGCCUCAGGAGUAAAAGAAAGAAAGAUAAACUAGGUAGAAAAGGAAGAAGAUAUGCUAGUGACGAUUAUGUGCCACGACAUGAAGGGAUUCCAAUAGAUGAGGAAGUUGUUUAUGGAUCUUGGACCAGAUCAGAGUGUUUUAAGAUUGAACGUGGUCUCCUUACAUUUGGAUGGGCGCGAUGGGAAGAGAUACUAGACAAGAAUCAAUUCAGAAAAGGUUGGACUUUGCCAGUGAUUGAAGACUGCGCGCGUAUAAUCGUGUUGUACUGCUUGCGACAUUAUAAGGGUGAUGAAAAAAUUAGAAAUUUUAUUUGGGAUCUGAUUGAGCCUUGUGAAAAUGGAGAAGUGACAAUUUCGAGAAAUCAUAGUGGCUUACAUAAUCCUGUACCACGAGGCAGAAAUGCAAAAAAAAAGAAUAGACUCAAAGAUGUGCCAAGGGUAAACGAUACCCAAAAAUGGGAAGACCAUAAUCACUGGAGUUCAAUUGAUAAAUAUGACUGUGAAGCUUACUUAGAAAGCAGCUAUAAGAAACACCUGUUCAGACAUGCCAACAAGUCAGUAGUUUUGUUGAGAGUCCGUAUGAUGUAUUAUAUAAAACAUGAAGUAAUCGGUGAUUAUGCUACACAAAUCGACAGUGGAUGCCAUGCUAGCACCAUGGGCAUGCGAGUGCCGCGCGGCGUGGACAGCGCGCCGCCGCGCCUGUGGUGGGACGCGGAGUGCGACGUGUCGCUGCUGGUGGGCACCUACAAGCACGGCUACGAGCACUACCUGGCCAUGCGCUCCGACCCGCAGCUGUGCUUCGUGGACAAGCUCGGCCCGCCCGACGACGCCGAGUGCACCGACAUCAAGAGCGAGGAGAGAAAGAUUCGGGACAGCGUGGCCGGCGACGAGGAGUGCACGGACGACGUGUCGAGCGGCGCCGGCGCCGCCUCGCCCGCCGCCUCGCCCGCCUCGCGCCCGGACGACGACGCGCCCACGCAUCUGUGGCCCUCCAUGCAGGACCUCAACACGCGCCUGCGCCGGCUCAUCACCGCCUACCAGCGCAACUACAAGCGCGAAGAGCUCAAGCUGCAGCAGCGAGCCAAGAUGGAACGUCGAGAGAGAAUGGACCAGCUCGCCAGAGAUGAAAUUUCCCAGUGGCGUUGGACGCGCGCCGACGAGGAAGCCUUCCGACGUACCGUGGCCUCCUACGGAGUGGAGUUCGACCCUGCCACGAAAAGUUUACGUUGGAGCCGUUUUAGAUCGCUGGCUCGGCUGGAUUCUAAAAGCGACGACGCUUUAACGGACUAUCUCAAGGCGUUUAUGGCUAUGUGUAAACGACAAUGCGGCCUCUCGGUCGGCGAGGCGGAGCUGCCUACGCGGGCGGACUUGAAAGCGGAACCCAUCGGCGAGGAGCGAGCGAUCGCUACGCUGGAGAGGAUCGACCUGUUACGCGUGCUGCGUGAGGAGGUGGCGCCGCACGCCGCGCUGGAGGCGCGCCUGGCGCUGUGCGAGCGCUCGCUGGACGCGCCGCCGUGGUGGCAACCGGCGCGCCACGACAAGCUGCUGGUGCUGGGCGUGUGCAAACAUGGAUUGGGAGACACAUACAAUAAAUUAUUCUGCGAUCCGAAACUCCCUUUUGCCGAUUGCGCUAGAAAAUGGAACGCCAAAUAUAAGAGUGGAAUGGCAAGUGAUUUACAAAAAGCUGUUUCUGACGAGGAGGACAAAGGCGCGUCGGAAACAGCUGCAGAGCCAAGAAUGUCAUUACGACGCAGCAAGCGCACGUCUAACGUCCACGAUCGAGACGCCGAAGAGGACACGGACGCCCUUUCCGAACUGGAGACGUUGGCGAAACUGGGACGAAUUGACGAAACGCUGACGCCGGAACACUGGUUCUCAGAAAGAGCUCUCGAAACGAGGCUCCACCAUAUCGCUCAUGCCGUUCAGAACUGCGAAUGGCCGUCCGCCUCGGCGGCGAUGGUCCCGUCCAAGGGUGCAGAUGGGGCGGGUGCACAGGCAGAAGCAUCGGACGAUCGCAAACAGAAUCAAAAACGCCACAUCGCCAUCGACGUAGAAACUGAACGCGCCAAAUUGCACGCUUUACUUUCGUCGCCUCAGGCUGCCCAUUCAUCGUCUCGGGAACCGCACAGAUCGGUCGUGGAGCGCGACGACGCUUCGAGCGACUCGGGCUCGCGGCGCUCUACGCCCGCGCCGCCGCCGGCGCAUCAGCGCGUGGCGCCAUCGCCUGCGCCCGCCGCGCCGCCCGCGCCCGCCGCCGCGCCCUCACCCUCGCCCACCGCGCCCGCGCCCGCGCCGGCGCCCGUCGACCUGUCCGCGCCGCUCGACCUGAGCGAGGCGCAAGACUUCUCCAUGGGGCGCCGCACGCCGCAGGCGGACGCGCAGCCGCGGAGCAGGCUGGACGACACGCUGACGAGAUUGAUGAAGAGGAAAAAUGUGCCCGCACCGGAACAAAUUACUACCAAAGAAAAGAAAAGAAAGAAACUAGAUGAAAUUGUCCUCGGGCUAUCUGCAGCUAAAGGACAAAGUCCGACUUCUUCGGUUUCGUACGACAAUCCGAGAACCAAAAGUUCAUCAGUGUUGCCCGAAGUGACAGUUACGCCUGCGGCUCCUCCCAGUAGCACCACUGCGACUCCUCCAACUCAAAAACCGUUUUCUGUGACUGUUACGAAUGUACCUUCACCGCACGCUUCGUCAAAAGAAUUAUCAUCCUUUUUACAACAAUCUCUCGAGCAAAGCAAUAAGCCGCAAAAGAAUACAUCUACGACGCCCAAACCUUACUCUCACGAGGCUAAAGUCAACAAAUGGCUAGCCGAGCAAGCCAACGUAGACACGCGCAGACGCGGCCUGCCGCCGCGGCUCGCGCCCGACGAGCAUGUGCCGGUCGUCCACCGCGUCACGGGCAAACGGCUGAUGGGGCACAAAGCGCCGCAGUUGAAACACUUAGCGCAAUGGAUUGCGGAAAAUCCGAUGUACGACAUUGACUCUAAAUGGACAGAAGGUAUAAAGGAACAUGUAAAGUUGCCCCAAGAUGUGCGAAAUCCGAGACAUUCUCCGAUGCAGCCGACUAGUUCUGUACCAGAACGUAAAAAGGGUAGACCACCUACUCUCGAUUCCACCUCAACUAACAUUUUGUCUUCGAAUACACAUUUAAAUCAAAAUAUAGCUGGCUUAAAUCCUGCACUACUUGCUAGCCUAUCCAGUUUGAGUGCGUUUGACCCUAAAACUUUAGCUGCAACUCUAUCUAAUCUGACUGGAUUCGACCCUAAAUUACUUUCAAGUUUGAGUAGUUUUGACCCUAAAAAUAACCCACUGUUAAAUUCUUUCAAUAGUAUGCCUAAUUUGCUCGGAAACAUGACAGGGGGAAAUAUAUUUGCAAACUUAGCAGGAUUAGGAUUGCCUGGAUUUCCUUCUCUAGAUAUGAAUACUCUAAGUUCAACAAGUGGUUCAACAGACAAUAAAACUAAAACGAGAAAACCAGCUGAAACGUCGAGUGCGUCUACUUCGAAAUCAACAAAUUCUCAAUUUCCAUUUGUUUUUCCAAAUCCAAAUAUGUUGUAUCCUCAAUUAGGCUUGAGUGGUUUAGGGCCAUUCGGUGUUCAUUCUGGCAUGUCUUCUGCAUAUGAUGCAUUGGGACUGUUAAGUGGUAAUUUAGCAGCUAGUUCGAAUGCAUCAUCUUUACAUAGUUCAAGCCAUAGUUCCCGUAGUAGUUCAAAGACGACGGCUGCCAGAUCGUCCACUGUUACGACUACUUCUUCUGCAUCUCGACAGCAAAAAGUUUCUGAUCGUUCUCAGUCAAGUCAUCUACCGCAAAUAUUAUUACCGCCGGAUCCUUAUUUAUUAGAAUCAUUGUCUAAACAAACAUUAAAUUAUGAGGCUGCUUUGAAAGCAGAAAAGAGAUCUCGGGACAGUGAUAGCCUUGAAACAGCAGCAACUGAUUUAUCCAAAGCAGAUAAAAAGAAACUUCCAUUUGAUCCUUUGCGGUCCCAGAUGCCACCAGAAUUUGCGGCUGUUCAAGAAAAACUGUUAAAAGGUGACAAGAAAGAUAUAGAUAUUAGCAAAAUGCUAUUAGAACAAAUGGCUUCAGGAGCGUUGAGUGCUAGUCUUGUUAGUUCUACUGAAGCCAAAAAAUCUAAAGAUCUAGAAAAAGAUUCAUAUGACAAACUAGGAAAACCUCCUGAAUACUUAUCACGCAUGACAACAGAUGAUACUGCUUCUAACAUUUCUAUUGCUCAUAAACGAACCUUGGAUGAAAUAAGUAAUGAGCCAGAGAAUUUGGCUAUACAGUCAAUUUCCAAAAAAAUGAAGGAUAAUUCAUCGGAGUUAAUUAGAAACAUCGAUAAACGCUCGGACACGACAAACACGAGUGAAAUGGAUCUGGAAGAUUUAAUUGCACCUUCGACUGUUAUAAAAACUGGCAUGAAAGCUAGUGAUUUCGAGAUGAACCGCUCAGCUGAAUCGGCGACAUCUUUAAUCGUUUCUAAUCCUGAUAGGGAAGAUAAAGUACAUCAAAGAAUUUCAAGUCCUAGGGAAAAAGACACUAAUAACGAAAAUGAAAAUUUAAAAAAAAAAGAUUGUUCUAACAACAUAGACAGUGAAAGUACAGACAAUGUAGAUGACAAUAAUGGAGGCGACACAUCUUCCACUGAUGGUGGACGUAAAGGUAUGCGAAAGAAAGGACGGAAGUCUUCAGAAGAAUCAUCAUUGGGACCGCGACGUGAGCUAAGAUCAAGUGCUGGCCGACAAUCAACUGAGUCGAUAAAUCACUAGGUAACUGAUAUUGAUUUAUCUAAUAAUAAUUAAAAUGUAUUUAUUUUGUGAAACAAUAAAUACUAUGGGCCCUUACUAAUAGAGAUUAACACUGGUAAUAAAAAGCUUUUAGACAUUUUCGUCAUCAUGUUGAUCUGCUGUGUAUUUUUGUAUUAGUAAGGAUCCCUAGGUACAUUGCUAAUAUUUGUAUAGAACGCCGCCUAACUACUGUAGGCACAUUUAAAUAACUUCACUGUUACAAAUUUCCCUGAGUUGGUACAUUGUAUAAAAAUCAUAAUGACGGCUUAUCAAAUAAAACCAAACCCCUUAGGUUUCGUAACGCCAAAGCCACAGUGUUUCCAUAAUUUCUAGGAAAAAUGUACUAUACAGAUAUAGAGAUAUAAUAUAGAGAUUCAUUGAUUCAAAUUUCAAACAACACAUUUUUAUUUUUUUAAAUCAAUCAAUCAAUCAUUUAUUUGCUCUAAAUGCAGGUUAACAAAGAUAUUACAACUAUUCAUUUAGAGCAAAUAAAUGAUUGAUUGAUUGAUUGAUUGAUUUUAGUCUUUACCAGAUUACUUUUUCUUUGUGACGAUGAAUUAUUAUUUUUAGAAAGUACUAAUUUAUUACUAGUCGACACGUGCGUUUUUAAGUAUAAAGUCUCAAAAUAGUGCAUAAACAUACAAAGAUUAUAUUGAACCUGAUGAUUGUUGUGAAAUUCCAAUAUUA